ACCUUAGUCUCGCUAGCUCUGAGGGCUAGCUAACAUCUAUCUGGGACAAAAUAUUGAUAUUGUGAUACAUCGCAAAUCUUAUCUCAGUGAUACACCACUAUCAGAUUUUUAUAGCAAGAACACGAGCUAGGGUUUGCUCCAUUAGGCAGCCUGACUCUAGUGAUGUAGCUAGUUACGGGGCAGUUACUAGCAAAAAUCGAUUUGUUGAUCAUUGUUUUCCAAAGUAAAAGCAAAUGAAAAUGUCUGACUUGGAUUAAACGCAAAAGAUAACCAGUUUGCUUUCAUGAAGGACUACAGAAAUCAGAAUAUUUACAGCUGAGAGGCUGAAAUCAGAGGAUUUGGACAACUACGUUAAAAGGUCUUUAAAUGGUUAAUUGAUUCUAAAAAUAGUUACUGAUUAAUUUGAUCGAUAAUUUGACCUAUAACGUCACCGUUUGAAUUGAAAUGUUCCCCCAAUAAUUUGCGUAUUUUCUUGCUUCAAUAGGUACUCUAUUCUUGUCCCUUUUUAUUUAUUUAUUUUUAUAUAGAAAAACUAAAACUACAGUUUGGUCGAUUAUUUUAGAAUAUGUCAACACAAACAAAAGUAUUCAAAAGUAGGAUUCUUACUUAACCUUAAGAUGAUACUGUGACAUGGAAAGUGAAAUUGUUAGCCAACUAGCUAAUCAAUAGGACUAGCUAAACAUUCAUUGAUCUCAUUGAACAUCUUAUAUACAUGUAAUUGCCAUCAUUUGAUACAUUUACUCGAUCAUUUCUUUGUCUGUAGUGCGAUCAAAUGUAUCAGUUAGGUUGUAUCCUUUGUGUUUUCCCGCCCAUUCUGUCUAUCUCCCAUGUGACAUCUGUCCUCGUGAACGCGCCCCCUCCACCUGACGUCGCGUUCGGGCACGAGCACGCACUUCAGUGAGUCCAUAGGCUACAGCUGGCUGACUGGCUGGGUUGAUUGAGCUCCGUGGCUCGGUCCCCCAGCCUCGCACACGCAGACGCUCUGCGGCGGCAGACAGGUCGUUGUCCUCGCCCUGGCGAGUCUCCUCGACCACCAGGCCAACGGCGUCGGAGCGGAAUCUUUUUUUUUUUUAAUUAAAAAAAAAAAAAAAGAAUAAAAACGUGUCCCGACCGAACCGAACCAUCCUUACCCGCGCAGCCCAAUGGCCGCCACCCACCCUGUCCUGGAGGUGGUCCUCCUUUGAUUGAUGGAGCCAAAUAGAAUGAAAGGACACGUCCCCACUGUCCCUCCGAGUGACUGAAAGGUCUUCAGUGUGACGUUAGUUAGCAUUAGCGCUCAUGUGCUAACAAGAGGUCCCCGCGAUGCUGGCCGAUGAGCCCCAGAGCUGCAGACCCUGCGCCUCGGAGCCGCCUUCCCUCGGCGAUGCGCCACCCCCGCCCCCUUUGCCGCCUCCUCCCCCUCCUCCGCCCCCCCAAACGUUGGCCCAACCCGGCAGGAAGAAACAUCGGGUGCGCAGCUUCUUCUGGAAGCCCAUCCCUGAGGAGAAAGUCCGCGAGAGACCCAACAUCUGGACGCUAGUGGGGCGGCAGCAGCAGUACCAGAUUGACGUCCGCUCCGUGGAGGAGCUGUUUGGACAGCAGGAGGAAGCGGGGACGGGUGGCCUGGGGUCAGCGACCGCUCCCGGUAUGACCGUCCGGGUCUCCCGAUCUCGAUCGUUCAAGGACAACAGCAAAGAGAUCAGCAUCUUGGACUCCAAGAGGGGAAUGAAUGUGGGCAUUUUCCUCAAGCAGUUCAAAAAGUCCAACCGUUGCAUUGUGGAGGACAUAAGGCGAGGACACGGCGGGACGUAUGGAGCCCAGCCCCUCAAAGACCUGCUCAAGCUGCUGCCCGACACGGACGAGAUGAAGAAGCUGCAGGCGUUCCGAGGCGACCCGGACAAGCUGACGCUGGUGGACUCUUUUAUGUUCCUGCUCAUCCAGGUGCCGCAGUUGGAGGUGCGCGUCGAGGCUAUGGUGCUCGGUGAGGAGUUUGUUCCUUCAUGUGCGCUGAUGAGUCACGACAUCGAUGUCAUACGAGCCGCCACUCGAGAGUUAUUGGGCUGCGAGGAGCUUCACGCCAUUUUGCAUCUUGUGCUGCAGGCGGGAAACAUCAUGAACGCAGGAGGCUAUGCGGGUAACGCGGUGGGCUUCAAGUUGUCGUCGUUGCUCUCGUUGGCCGACACCAAAGCCAACAAGCCGGGGAUGAACCUGCUACAUUUUGUUGCAAUGGAGGCCAAGAAAAAAGACGAGGCACUGUUAAGGUUUCCGGAAAAACUGGUCCACAUCCAGAGCGCAGCCAGGAUCUCCGUGGAGAACAUGGAGCUGGAGUUCUCGUCCUUGUACGUUCGCAUCCGAACCCUGGAGGAGAAGGUGCAGGGAGACCCUGAAUUACUGCAGCAGCUGGUGUCGUUCCUGGAGAGUUCUGUGCAGACGCUUGUGGAUCUGAAGCACCGUCGCCUGGAGCUUCGCAAGGAAGGCAACGCGCUGGUGGACUUCUUCUGUGAGGACAAGGACGCAUUCAAGCUCGACGAAGGAUUCCGCAUCUUCCACGACUUCUGCGUCAAGUUCAAGAAAGCCGUCAAGGACAAUGCAGAGCGUGAGCUAAAGGAGGCGGCGAGGCAGCGUCGGCUGAGGGACUUGGAGGAAAAACGACUGGCGUGGUCGAUCGAAGACAGCGGCAGAGGUGGUGCGUUCGCUCGCAGCAGCAGUGAGAACGACGUGGACGCUCUCACCAAGGAAGGCCUCCUGGACUUCUUCCAAGGGAGGUCAAAGAGUCCUCACAGUCCGCCGGGACGCUCGUGCAGCGCCCGCCGCCCCCCCCACCACACCAUGACGUCCAUCGCAGACCGGGAGCUUCAGAGCUACCUGGAGCUGUUCGGAGACAAGUUCAACAGCCUGCCUCGGUCAGGCCGUGCACUCCAGCGCAAAGCCACUCCUUGGAUCGACAACCGAGAGCUCACAUCCCCUCGUGCCGAAAGUGAACCCAUCAGCCCUCUCGCCAGGUUUUCCUCAGCGGGGCUGAAAGCUGAUGAAGACCGAUACUACAUCAACAACAACAACAGUGGCUACCAGUCUUCGCCUCGGUCCUUUGCCGGCCACAUGAACGUGAAUGUAGAGAAGCACACUUUGGUUCCUGGGCCGGAAGCGUUUCACCUCCAGAGUCCAAACUUUGUUAACCAGGGCGAUAUCCAAUUCACUGAUCUGGAACAAGAGAAGCUACCCCCUUCCGGGACUCUGGAUGCAGCUCCAGGAGUAGCAAUAGAUUCUUUGACACAAGAGGACAAGACUAGCUCAGUUUCCUCGACAACCUGUGACACCCCACUGCCCUCAGACACCCCGUUAUCCAAUAGGAAGCCAGCGUUUAACAUGCCAGACUCCACCGAAGCGGACUGCUCAGUCACACUGGAUCUCUCUGAAGUUGAGAGCUCUUCCCUUUCGAAAGAGGGACUCCACAUUGGAACAAGUGACAAAGAGAGCGAAGGCCCUGGAGAGCUCAGUUCUCCGUCCGCCAUUUUGGACUCUGUCCCACCCGGGGACUUGUCAGUACCAAGAACAGCUGAUGCCGCCUCCGCUACGCCGACUGAGUGGGAAACCGAAAGCUGCGACAUCACCAUGGUGAAAGAGCCUUUGAGAAGCAGCGGGAAACAAGUAUGCACGAAAAGCAAGACUGGGGACAAAGGUGGUGGCACGGGCGGCGGAAGCUGCUUCAGAGCUGGCAGUGGCCCCAACGGGGGUGCCAGUGGUGGUGGCAGAGGUGGAAGCAAUGGAUGCAGUCCCGGUGGGAGCAGCAGUGGUGUGAGGACACUAACCAGCAGCGAGAACCAGAGCAUAAGGAAAGUGGUACCCAUUAGCCGGCUUACCAGGACGGGUAGCAAAAAGAAAGCCCUAGAUCGCCCCCUCCGUGACCAAAGCACCCCACCAAGAGGACACCACGAAAAGACCCCCAGACCACAGCGACACUCCAGUCUACCUCCCGACGACUCAAAAGGCCAGAGAGGAGUCCUCCCUACUAGCGCCUCCAGAUGCACGUGUGAUUCUACUAACUUAAGGAAGACUUCCCCCAUCAAUAAGCCAAGCGCCAAACCCCUGCGGAACCUUCCCAAGCCGGCACCUGAGGAGAAGAUGUGCCGCUCCACCAUGAGGGCUCUGGCACAGACGGAAGUCCCAGGCGGCACGCCUGCGGAAAGCGGCAGCUUGCAGGCACCGGGCUCCAAGUGUUCCCCCGAUGUCCCGAGCUUUGCCCGGAACACGGUGGCGUCAUCUUCCCGGACCAAGAAGGAACCGGUCGCCCUGUCCACACCGUCUCACGUCACCACCGUCCUGAGUCGGCAUACAUCCAUCAAGCAGACUAAAUUAGCAUCCGCGGUUUCCGGCGGUGAGGAGCGGACAACCCUGCGGCGGGCGCACAGCGUCAAGGCGACCAGUCGCAGCGCCUACCGCAGCCAGACGCCACCCGCCCAGUCUCGGGAAGCAGGGAUGCCCAACAGGAGUGCCAAGCCAAGCUGGAAGUAAACCACAACCUAAGCUAGGAUAUUCCGUCUAGGAAAUGGGAAACUUACUAAAUCGACAGACGGCAAGUCAGCGUCCGAUCCAUUUUCUUAUCAUUUUUUUUUGGUUCAGUCAGAGAAUGUCCACCACAGGAACAGGAGCCGAUGCAAAUUAGCAGGCUUGUUUCUUGGGAACGCUGCCUUUAUUUUUAUCAAAUUAAAACUCUUUCCCAAGUAAAUUUACUAAAUAGAAACGUGGAAUAUUCUGAAUUUUAAAUGGUAAUUUUACAAAAAUCAUAUCACAUUUUUUCCUCAUGAUGUUACAACUUUAUUUUUAUAAAAUUCUGACUUAAUUCUUGCAAAAUUACACAUUUUUGACCGAAUAGUUUGCCUUUGUUCUCGUAAAACUCCAUUUGUUGUAAUUUUGAAUUUCAUGUCAUAAAAUUACUACUUUUAUUCUUGUAAAAUUACUGAUUAGUUUUGUUUUAGUUUUCCAACUUUUUCAUAAAAUUAUGACUUGAUUUUAGAAGAAAAUAAAUAGUAAAUUAUAAUAAUAUAAUAAUAGAAAAUUAUUACCAAUUAUUGUUUAAGUCAUAAUAUUAUUUGAAUUAGAAAUUUUAUGAGAAAAAAAGUAAUUAUUUUAUUAGAAUAAAGUAAUAUCCAUCCAUCCAUUUUAAAGUAAAGUCAAAAUGUUAUGAAAAAGACAUUCAUUGAAUCAAUGUAGACUAAUUACAAGAAAGAAUAAUUUACUAUAAAAUGUUCCGAAUUUUAUUACAAUAAAGUUGUAAUAUUUGAAGAAUCAUAAUUUUACAAGAAUUAUGUUUUUGUGAAUAAAGUCAAUGUUACGAGAAAUAAAGGUGUAACAUUUGGUCUAAAAGCUUGUAAUUUUACAAGGAUGAAAUGAAAUGAAAAAAGUAAUAAUUUUACGAGAACAUUGGACUAUCACAAUAGAAAAAAGAAUUUUAUAAGAAUAAAGUUUUAUUGUUACAAGAAAGUAAUGAUUUAUUAGAAUAGGUUGGUAAUAUUUGUCGAAAAAAAUCUGAAUUUUACAAGAACAAAGUCAUAAUAUGAGGAAAAAUUAUUUUACGAGAAUAAAGUUUGUAGUAACAUGAUUCGAAAUAUGUCAUGUUAUGACUGAAUCAUUUCAUAAAUCAUUGCCUUUAUGUUAAACCUCUAACCUCAUUUUUUUUAUACAAUAAAUAAAAAAUUCACAAUACAAUUGAGCCACUGAGAACUAGAGUGGGCCACCUCCAUUUUGGUCAUUUUUAAGUUGCGUACAGUAAGUGCAGAAAUGAGUACAGAAGAGAAAAGAUGAGCACUGGCCUUUUGGAAUUUUGACAGUUCAUUAUUGCCCUCGGCACUUUUCUUAAUUCAUCACUGCAGCAACUCCAAUUCCUCUUUGAACUCAGCCCACCAUUAAACAAAAUGUUUUUUGAGCCCACUGUAGUUCUCAAGUGUCUCAGUACGCUUUUUGUUGGACAACGGUGAUUACGAUGGAAAAAGAAAUUGUGACGAGUUCCUGUGGAAGAAACACACCUGUAUUAUGGUACACGUAGAUAUUUUGUUUACCUGAUCAAACCGAACGCGCUGCAUGAUGUGGCCGUUACGUGAACAACUGCUAUAACGUUACAAAACAAUGUAGUUCUACAAGUACUGCAAUAUGUAGACGAAAAUGUCACCCGUUAUGCAAAGUGCGGUACUCGUCGUGCCCCUUGGCAGUGUUUCUAGGACGCCUCCAUACCUCAUGGGGAAGCAUGCCACUCUACGACGCUAAUGCUAACCGAACAUUAAUGACUGUAAUGGGAUGGGUUUUUUUUUUUAUUAUUUUGUAUUAUUGGGGGGCAAUUUGACUGUGAAUGUAGCACCUGGUUAUUUAAUAGUAACAAUUGUUACUGUAUGUAGCUUUAAUUCAGCUGGUCGAAACAUUACUUGCACCUGAGCUUUUUAAAGGUGUACCUAAUGAUGAUGUUGAAUAUUAUUGCAAGGAAAUGUGUGCGUGCCCGGGUUGGGUGUUAUGUUAUAUAGUUAAUAUUUCGUAUAAAUAAGUGUGAAGGCUACACCGGAAAGGCAAAAAAAAAAAAAAGACUAAAAUCACAAGAAAAAAGUUGCAGUGUUGUGAGAAAAGGAAAAAAUGUAAUGUUGUGAGAAUAAAGUAGUAAUUUUAGCUAGUGAACAUCAAUAAUUUGUCUAGUCCUUACUCUUCUUUCACCAAAUAAACUUUUUUUCAUGAGGCAAAGAAUUUAUAGUAUAUAGUAUGUUAAAUUAUUUUUUUUUUAUGUCAAAAUAUGGUUGUGAAUUACAACUAAUCUUAUAAAAUGGGAUGUUUUUAGACCAAAUUCUGCAUUUUUUUCUUGUAUUAUUUCUGGUCAAUUUUGACUUUGUUCUAAAAAGUUAUUUUAAGUUCCUGCCUUUAUUCUUAUAAAAUUCAACAUUUUUCAAUUCAAAUGACAACUUGUGAAAAAAAUUGCCCAAAUAUUAUGCUUUUUUUCCUCUCCUAAAAUUACAAAUUAUUCGUUAAUUGUAAUUUUUUUUCCAUCCAUCCAUUUUCUGAGCCGCUUCUCCUCACAAGGGUCGCGGGCGUGCCGGAGCCUAUCCCAGCUGUCAUCGGGCAGGAGGCGGGGUACACCCUGAACUGGUUGCCAGCCAAUCGCAGGGCACAUACAAACAAACAACCAUUCGCACUCACAGUCAUGCCUACGGGCAAUUUAGCGUCUCCAAUUCAUGCAUGUUUUUGGGAUGUGGGAGGAAACCGGAGUGCCCGGAGAAAACCCACGCAGGCACGGGGAGAACAUGCAAACUCCACAGAGGCGGGGCCGGGGAUUGAAUCCCGGGCCUCAGAACUGUGAGGCUGACACUCUAACCAGUCGGCCACCGUGCCGCCUGUGAUUAUUUUUUAUUUUUUUCCCUAAUUUAUUUUUGAAAAUUGCAAUAUUAUUCUCAUAAAAUUAGGCAUUUUUUCUGGUAAUAUUACAACUUCAUUCUUAUAUUUAAACUAUUCUCGUAAAAUUCAGAUUUUCCGAUAAUAUGACUUUAUUGUUAUAAUAUUCCUAACUUUUCUUAUUGCAUUAUGACUAGAAUUUUAACUAACUUUUUUCCUGUAAAUUUCGACUCUAUUAUUAUAUUUUUUGACUGAAUGUUGUACCUUUUUUUUUAUUGUGAAAUGACUAAUCAACAAUUGUAAAUUAUGACUUUGUCAUAUAACUAGAUACUUUUUCUCAUAUCACGACUUCACUGUCAUAAAUUGCAACAUUUCUCGCAUGAAUUGCAAAUUAUUUUUUGCAGCUGGGUUUGGCUCCAAGGAUAAACGGUAUGGGAAAUUGAUGGAUGGAUGGACUUCAUUCUUGGAAAAUUAAUAAUAUUGUAAUAUUGCAAUGUUAGCCUGAUAAUAUUUCGACUUAUCCCGUAAAAUGACUAUUUCUGAUGUUACAACUUUAUUCUCAUGUAAUUACGCCUCUAUUCUUGUAAUACCACUACAUUAUUCUAGUCAAAUUCCACCUUUUUUCCUGUAAUAUUACAACUUUUUUCUCCUAAAAUGACACCUUUUUCCUUUAAUAUUCCCCCUUUUUUUCCUGUCAGUGUGGCCCUGCCACUGAUCUUGUUGCCUUUUCCGCUGAUGUAAUUUUGUCGCGCUUGUGUGUGUUUUAUUAUCAGCGUUGGCCUCUUAAAGUGCAUUGUGCCAUCCUCUCCAUGGCAACACACACACACACACCAAACAGCCUGUUGCCUUAAAGCCUUGUGUAGCUCCAUGCAUGCAUAUCAAUACAUCCAUACAGCUGCUCUUUGUACAUAAUGUAAAAACAUAGUAUUUUUCUGACCAUUAAAGCUUUACAUACAGCA